AUGAACAGCCAAGUUGGGCCCAAUAACCACAAGAACUUGAAUGUGGUCUAUCAGGAUCUCACCACGAUUCUUGGUCUUGGCAGGUUUGACUCCGGCAACCUUACUGCCAGUUUGCCUCUGAAAUAUGAUAUGGAUCCGGCAAAUUUGGUGCGUACGAGGACCAUACGCUCUGAGAAUGGACUCAAACCAGCUGAGCAUUCAAGUGACAAUCUACAAGAUAUGUCGUCUCCCUUCGAAAGCCCACAUGCUGGAAAAGUCAAGUUCAUGUGUAGCUUUGGUGGGAAAAUCCUGCCUAGGCCUAGUGAUGGGGUGCUCAGAUAUGUAGGUGGGGAAACACGUCUCAUAUCGAUACCCAGAAACUUCUCAUGGAAGGAACUUGUGCAUAAAACCCUCUCGCUCUACAACCAGCCUCAUACCAUCAAGUAUCAGCUUCCUGAUGAGGACCUUGAUGCUCUGAUUUCUCUUUCAUGUGAAGAGGAUCUUCAGAAUAUGAUGGAAGAAUACUACAGUCUUGAAAAGGCCAAUGGCUCACCGAGACUUCGGAUAUUUCUUGUCUCCCCAAAUGAUUGUGAGGAGACAUCGUUAAGUGCAAGAAGUUUAGAAAGUGAGCCAGAAUAUCAUUUUGUUGUUGCUGUGAACAAUCUCUCACAACUGGAGCAGAGCACCAGCGGCAACAGUUUGGUGAGCCAGUUGAGCCAACAGUUGGAUAGUUCCCUACUCCCCUGCAGAGACUCAACUGCAUGUCAAACAGAUAUAGAAAGUGGAGGUAAAGCUUUGGCUGGAACAGCCUUAAAUGAGUCUUCCUCUCAGUUUUUUCUUGCUCCAUACUCACAACAAAUGGUGGCUGAGUCAGCAGCAACUUCCUCCCCAGGCUUAAAUCGACAGAGGAUGUCUUUGAAUCAGUCUAGGCUGCGGAUGUCUGCAGACAAACUAACAACGAAUCAAGAACAUGAACACAAAUAUGAAGUUAGCAAUGGAUCACAUUUGAAAGCCAUGCUUCCAGACCAUCAAGAUAAGACUCAAAGCGAUGCAGACACAGGUGUUGGAAUUGGAUCAACCAUGCACAAUAUUCAAAUUCAAAGGCAGGCAAAAGAUUUGGGUAUACCUCGAAACGAGAGUUACGUGAGUUCACAUACAAACUAUGAUAAGUCUACUCCAAUGGAAAUGCCCUUCUAUUCUGAAAAGGUGUGCGUGCAUCCGGAAGCUGCUAGUUGGCUAUCUGGUAUGCAUGAAUACACUGGUCAAAUUCAUGGCAUGCCGCAUGCCUUUUCUGAUCCUUUGCUAAAUGAUCGCACUGAACAACCUGCAUCCAAUUUGUCUUUAACUUUUGAUUCCUACAUACCCCCUUCAUUUUCCCAGACAAUGUGUCAAGCUAAUGCGCUGGAGAGAACAAUAAGCGGGGCUAGGCCAGAUCUUCUAUGUGCUAAGCCACCUGAGAUUACUCGUAUGGAUGAACCAAAUUACCUUGUUUCUAGUCAUACCGACCAGCGGUAUGAUCAAGGAGUUCCUGGUGGAGCCAGUUUUGAGGCAGCUGUAUAUUACCAACAAGACAGUUUGUCUAGUAAUAUGGUGCAAACAGGUCAUGAUAGUGGUCCUGUUGUUCAACAGAGGAAGAUUUAUCAUCCGGAGAACAGUGCCGGUCCAAGUGUUGCUCCCCAGUGCACUUUUGUUGACACAAGGUUCACUUUGCACCACACACGUGGUGCAAGGUUGUCCUCAGGUGAGUUAGAUGCUCUAGAAAGCUCAGGUUUGACGUCAAUGCAUGCUACUGAUAAUUCUCAUUCACGCUUUCUUCAUGGAUGCCCUAAUGGAUCUCAAACAGCGAAUUCAGAUUGUGGGUCUCAUGUAGAGAAAAUGAACUCAGGGCGUGUCUCUACAGAUUAUGGAACAGCUGGCUGUGUGCAUGGUAAUGAUAAAGUUGCUCCUGGACCCCAUAUACUGUUGCAUAUUGACCCUUUUGAAGCUUUUGCGCCACAAAGAUCAGUGGCAAAUGGAGCAUCCCCUGUGUAUCAAAAUGAAAAUUUCGACCAGUUAUUGGUGCACAGCUCUGGUUUGGCUACCUCUUCGCCUAUUGGACUAAGUAAUGCUGAUCUGACUGGAAACAUGUUUGGCAAUGGCACCUUCAAGGAUGGUCUUAAACAGAGAGAUGUUCCUGUUUUUAAUCAGCACAAUAUCAUCUGCAGUGAUGUAGGAGUAAUUGAAUUUGAUCGUGCAACCAUCAAUAAUGAGGACAUGAAUCUGAAGGGCAGAAUGCAUAAUAAUUUUCAAAUGGAGGCACGUGCUAUAGUUGAGGAUGUGACUGAUAAUUUGCCUUCUGGCAUUCCGUCAUCCAGACCAAUUCCUCAGGUUGAAAUGGCAGCUGAAGAGCAGCACCAUGCAAUUAUUUCAUCAGAUAAGGAUGAUGAUGCUAAGAGCGAUGGGCCAGAGUUAGCUAAUGAGGACCAUGGUGAUAAAGCAGCUGCAGAUGGCACCAUUAGUGAUGCUGAGAUUGCCGAACUUGAAGCCAGCAUGUAUGGCUUGCAGAUCAUAAGAAAUGCUGACCUCGAGGAGCUACGUGAACUGGGAUCUGGCACGUUUGGAACUGUUUACCAUGGAAAAUGGCGAGGAAGUGAUGUUGCUAUCAAACGUAUCAAGAAAAGCUGUUUUGCUGGGAGAUCAUCUGAACAAGAGAAACUUACCAAAGACUUCUGGAGGGAGGCGCAAAUUCUUUCAAAGCUGCAUCAUCCAAAUGUUGUUGCUUUCUAUGGUGUGGUUCCUGAUGGAACUGGAGGAACAUUAGCAACUGUGGCAGAAUUUAUGGUGAAUGGUUCACUAAGGAAUGUUCUUCUAAGGAAGGAUAGAUCGCUUGAUCUUCGGAAAAAGCUCAUCAUUGCAAUGGAUGCUGCAUUUGGGAUGGAAUAUCUGCACUCGAAAAGCAUAGUCCAUUUUGAUUUGAAAUGCGACAAUUUACUCGUUAAUUUGAGAGAUCCUCAGAGGCCAAUCUGCAAGGUAGUUUUUGGAGACUUUGGAUUAUCGAGAAUUAAGCGCAACACUUUGGUUUCUGGUGGUGUACGGGGCACCCUUCCGUGGAUGGCACCGGAGCUGUUGAACGGUAGCAGCAGCAAAGUGUCUGAGAAGGUGGACGUGUUCUCUUUCGGGAUAGCACUAUGGGAAAUCUUGACCGGUGAGGAACCAUACGCAAAUAUGCAUUGCGGCGCUAUCAUAGGGGGUAUUGUCAACAACUCUCUCCGGCCUCCAGUACCUGAAACCUGUGACCCCGAAUGGCGAAUACUGAUGGAGCAAUGUUGGUCGGCCAAUCCCGAUAUCCGCCCCUCGUUCACUGAGGUCACAGAUAGGUUACGAGCCAUGUCAGCGACGCUUCAGUCAAGGGCACAGGCCCCAGGAAGCUGA